ACCCACUGCGCAUGCGUGCUCACCGCAAUGCCACGUAAACCCUGGACCGAGGACGGCCAAUCAGCGCGCCGCACGAGCAUGCUGGGUAAUGUAGUCGUUUAUUUAAAUGAUUCACCGCAUUAUCAUAAACCAACGCUAGGGGGCAGCAAGUGAACUUCCCCGCGGUUUCACCCGGCAGAGAAGAAGAAGCACUUCCGGCAGGCUGCUGUUUCCAUGGCAAUCCAACAUGGCGCCCGGAAGUCAAACAAUCCUGUCGUCCACUCCUCUGCAGAUCCUUCUCUACCUCAACUCCUGGUACUUUGCAGCCUUCUACCUGGCAGAGAUUCUCAUGUUCAUCUAUAAAGGUGUUUCUCUCCCGUACCCGUCAGACAACCUGGUUCUGGACGUGGUUCUGCUGCUCAUCUUCCUCGGACUGGAGACACUCAGGAUCUUCUAUGGCUGGAAGGGGAACCUGUGUGAGCGCUCUCUGGCCUCGUGUGCGUCGCUCUUCAUCCUGCUGCCCUGCGGCGCGCUGGCCGUCUACUUCCUGCUGCUGCAGACCUUCGUGCUGCGGCUGGAGUUCAUCCUCGGCGCCGUGCUGCUCUGCUUCUACGCCCUCGAGCUGCUGCUCGGACUCCUCUCCUUAUCCGCCUUCUCCAGGUCCAAAGUUUACUGAAGAACAAAGUUCACCUGAAACAGAAUGUGACGACUGAUCCCCUGUAAAUAGAAAAGUUAAAAUCUGUUUGACACUCAUCAUCUUCUACUGUUUUGUACAAAAUGUUUUAUAAAUGUUUCAAUGCUUCCAUCAAGACUUUGUGUAAAUAAAUUCUGGUUCAUUCUC